AUGUAUCGUUCAUCAUCACCUAGUGGUGCUUCGUCUAAUAGUGGCCACAGCGCUGUCUGCCCUAUUGAAAUUUCUAAAAGUCGUCCUUCUCCAAUUUCUUAUAUCAAAGCUCAUAAAAACAUAUCUUUUUCUUUCCCUGAAAAUUCUACCACUUUUCAACAUGGUGCUCUCGGAGAUUAUGAUACCUUUCUAAUUGGAACUCUUCAUUUAAAUUAUCCAAGAGCUUGUUCUGUAAAAAAUGUAUUUCUAAAUUUUAAAGGAACUGAAAAAACUUGUUGGUCUAAAUCUCAGGCUAGGACAAAAAUUGUUUAUACCGGUGAAUAUACAUUUGUCGACCAAUCAAAUAAGAUAUGGGAAGCUUUUGAUGAUUCUGCCGAAAUUCAGACUCUUGAUAUUCCUUUCAAGAUUCAACUUCCUUAUAAUUUGCUAGAAUCUAUAAAUACUGAUUUAGGUUCAGUUCGUCACGUCCUUCGUGCCACUGUUAAUAUUAAAGGUUUGUUGGGUAAAAGCUCUCAUGUAGCAAAGUUACUUUGCCCUCUAAAGCGUAUUCUUACUUUGGAUCAUGCUUCGUCGGCUCCUUACAAAAUUGGUGGUGAAUCUCAAACUGGAGUUGAAUAUACUUUCAUGUUACCUCCGGGUAAACAAUUGAAUAUCGGUAGUUUCGUUUCUAUUCCAAUGAUGCUACGUUUCUUACGACCUGGUGUUGGUAUAGAGAGAGUUGAGGUUUCUUUAAAGACUUCUAUGGACUUUCAAUGUUCUGAUCAUAAUGAAAAACGUCAUUUAGAUCAACAGAUCGCUGGACUGGUUAUCCCGCGUUCUGAACUUCGUUAUAUGCAGUCUUCAAUGCCUCAUUAUCAUUAUGGUGAAUGUACUCACACUAUUAACUUAUUUGUUCCUCCCUCCGCUAUACCAACUUUUCAAGGGAGGUUCAUUAGUAUAGCUCAUAAAUUAUCUGUAAAUAUUAGUCUUUACGGUUGUGUAAGGGGUUUUCUUGUUGAAGAACAGGUUAAGAUUGCUAAUAUAGUCGAAAAGAAUGCUCACUCUAAACGUCCUUAUUCUCCUUUGUCUGUUGAUAAUAUAUCAAGUCCUAUUAUGGCUUAUCCUGAGGGUGUUCCAAGUGAAUUCUCUCAAUCGCAUGAUUCUCUUGAUUAUCAAUCUCAUAAUACACAAAUGAUGAAUCAACUUCGUCAGCAACGUAGUCUUCCAGAAUUACCACAAGGAAUUCCUGUUGAUUAUCAACAUCAAGGUCCAUUUCAUUCAUCUUUUGAGUAUAGGCGAAACUCACCUUUUGACAUUAAUAGUAGUUAUGACCGCAUAUAUGAUGGUUAUAAUAUACAAUCAUCAUCAGAUACAUCAAGUCAUAUUUAUCAACCACAUAGUACUUCUUCUCAACAAUCUCGUUCUGAACGUUCCGAAACGCCACAAACACCUCCAAAUAGUUAUUCUGCAACUACUUCACCGAAAGGUGAUUCUCAAACCCAAUUCUUACAUGUAAAUGAUAAUUAG